UUCUGAUUUUAUCGCUUGUUUUUACUAACUUCCAGUUUAAAGACAAAAGCCAGACAAUCCCAAUUAGAUUGGUAAAGUACAUACACAAAUAUAGUUAAAAAAUGAGUCAAACGGCAGAUGUGGAAAAGGUUCCGGUGUCCUUCGCCUGCCAGCGAUGUCUGCAACCCAUAUUGUUAGAUGAAAAUCUGGAAAACAUUAGUGUUCAUGCAAUGGCAGAGUUGUCGCUACCCAUCUAUGCAAGCAAUGUCAACACACUGGAUAAUCAGGACAACAGCUUUGAUCAUUUUGUGCCACCCUAUCGUUUAACGGAUUCCGUAAAUGGCACAGGCUUCAUGUUGGUGUCCGAUGGUCGUGACAACAAGAAAUGGAGUGCUGCAUUUAAAUUGAAAGCUGAACUGUUCGAUUGUUUGUCCUCCAAUUCGGAAAUUGAUCAUCCACUGUGUGAAGAAUGUGCUGAUUCCAUGCUGGAGAUCAUGGAUAGGGAGCUGAAAAUAGCCGAAGAUGAAUGGAGUGAUUAUAAGAAUUACUUAAAACAAUUGGAACAACAGCAAGAUUGUCCAAAUAUAGGAGAACUGGAAAAAGAAUUGGCUGAGCUAAAGGAAAAUGAACAGGCUCUGUUGAAUCAGUUGAAUGAUUUGAAAAUUGAGGAGCAAAGCCUUAACGAUGCCAUUGAAAAAGAAGAGGUGGAGAAACAAAAACUGCAGGAACAGGAGGCAAGUUAUUGGCGUGAAUAUACCAAGCAUCGAAGAGAACUGAUGCUAACGGAGGAUGACAAACGUAGUCUGGAGUGUCAAAUUGCCUACGCCGAACAGCAGUUGGAGAAACUUAAAGAUGCCAACAUUUUCAACAUAACAUUCCAUAUAUGGCAUGCUGGACAUUUUGGUACAAUUAACAACUUUCGUUUGGGACGUCUGCCAUCGGCCUCGGUUGAUUGGUCGGAAAUUAAUGCUGCAUGGGGACAAACGGUGCUGUUGCUGUGCGCUUUGGCGCGUAAAAUUGGACUUACAUUCGAGCGAUAUCGCAUUGUACCCUUUGGCAAUCAUUCAUAUGUUGAGGUAUUGGGGGAAAAUCGUGAAUUACCUUUAUAUGGCACUGGCGGUUUUAAAUUCUUCUGGGAUACCAAAUUUGAUGCAGCAAUGGUUGCAUUUUUGGAUUGCCUAACACAAUUCCAGCAGGAGGUGGAGAAAAGAGAUCCAGAAUUUCUAUUACCCUAUAAAAUGGAAAAGGGUAAAAUAAUUGAUCCCUCGACGGGGAACUCGUAUUCCAUCAAGAUACAAUUCAAUUCCGAGGAACAGUGGACAAAGGCUCUAAAGUUUAUGCUUACAAAUCUCAAAUGGGGUCUAGCCUGGGUCUCGUCUCAAUUUGCCAGUAAUCAAUAGGUUUUUAGCUAUUAUUUGUUAAUACAUAUAUAAUUUUAUUUAAAAAAUAAGAAAUACAUAUAUAAGGUAUUAGUUAUGAUUUCAUGGUAAAUAUAAUUUUUAUUUACUAAAAAGAAAUAUUGGCUUAAAAUAUAUUUAUCAUCAAUAGA